AUGGCGAUCCCUGAUAAGACCCGCAAAGAAACUGUCGAUGACUUGAACCAGAAAGCCGCAAGAUUUUCACCAGGGUCUAGUUAUUAUUAUGGUUUCCUUAUUCCAGGUACUUUUCUCGGUUACAGUUCGCUGAGAAUUGCAAAUAAAACACCCGACGAUGUGUUGAUAAUUACGAUUGAAAUAAAUCCUCAAUCAGCCGAAAUCGCGCACAAUAUUCACCAGCAUGCUGCUGUGGGAAACCGUAUUCAUAUUAUUGUUGAUUCUACUGACAAAGCCAUUCCUCGUCUGCAUGAUCAAUUUAAUGUUGAUGCAUUCGAUUUCAUUUUCAUCGACCAUUACAAAGAACUGUAUUUAUCUGAUUUUAAAUUGCUUGAACAAGAAGGUCUUAUUAAAACAGGCACAACCAUUGUAGCAGACAAUGUAAUCUGCCCAGGUGCUCCUGACUACUUGGCAUAUGUGAGAAAUAAUCCACAAUAUUCAUCCGUUUUACACGAGACUACACUCGAAUAUCGAAAUGAUGUUCCCGAUGGAGUGGAAAUUUCAAUAAGAUUAUAA